UGGGGCGGAGAACGGGGGUGGGGGCCGGCUUUAUCUUCCUCCGCUGCCGGACUGGCGCUGUUGCGAACCCGCGUAGGGACAUCGUUCCGCAGCGACCCUUCCGCGGCUGCCCAGCCUGCCGCCCAGACCGCCGCCGCAGCUGCCCUCGGCCCGCAGGCAGCUUGAUGGUGGGAGAAGAAAAGAUGUCACUAAGGAACCGGCUGUCUAAAUCUGGUGAAAAUCCUGAGCAAGAUCAAGCCCAGAGAAAUGUCUCCGAUACACAGAGCAAUGGUCACAUUACCAUGAAACAGUUGAUAGCCAAGAAGAGGCAGUUGGCUGCAGAGGCGGAGGAACUGAAGCCUCUGUUUCUGAAGGAAGUUGGUUGUCACUUUGAUGACUUUGUGACCAAUCUCAUUGAAAAGUCUGCGUCUCUGGACAAUGGUGGGUGUGCUCUCACAACCUUCUCCAUUCUCGACGAAAUGAAAAACAACCACAGAGCCAAAGAUCUGAGAGCACCUCCAGAACAAGGGAAGAUUUUUAUUGCAAGGCGGUCUCUGUUAGAUGAGCUGUUUGAAGUGGACCACAUCAGAACUAUUUACCACAUGUUCAUUGCACUCCUCAUCAUUUUUAUCCUCAGCACACUCGUGGUAGAUUACAUUGAUGAAGGAAGGCUGGUACUUGAGUUCAAUCUCUUGGCCUAUGCUUUUGGCAAACUUCCUACUGUUAUUUGGACAUGGUGGGCCAUGUUCCUGUCUACACUUUCAAUUCCCUAUUUCCUGUUCCAACGUUGGGCCCAUGGCUACAGCAAGACUUCUCAUCCACUUGUCUAUUCCCUUAUCCACGGCGUUUUCUUCUUAGUCUUCCAGCUUGGAAUUCUAGGUUUUAUACCAACAUAUGUUGUAUUAGCAUAUACACUGCCCCCAGCCUCCCGGUUCAUUGUUAUACUUGAACAGAUUCGUAUGAUAAUGAAGGCUCACUCGUUUGUCAGAGAGAAUGUGCCGAGAGUACUAAAUGCUGCCAAGGAAAAAUCAAGCAGAGUUCCAGUACCCACAGUCAACCAGUACCUGUACUUCCUGUUUGCUCCUACACUUAUUUACCGUGACAGCUAUCCGAGGACUCCUACUGUAAGAUGGAGCUAUGUUGCUGUGCAAUUUUUACAGGUUUUUGGCUGUCUGUUUUAUGUAUACUACAUCUUUGAGAGACUCUGUGCCCCAUUGUUCCGGAAUAUCAAACAGGAACCCUUCAGCGCUCGUGUUCUGGUUCUGUGUGUGUUUAACUCCAUCUUGCCAGGUGUGCUGAUGCUAUUCCUUACAUUCUUUGCCUUUUUGCACUGCUGGCUCAAUGCCUUUGCUGAGAUGUUACGCUUUGGUGACAGGAUGUUUUAUAAGGACUGGUGGAACUCUACAUCAUACUCCAACUACUACAGGACCUGGAAUGUGGUGGUCCAUGACUGGCUCUACUACUAUGCUUACAAGGACCUCCUCUGGUUUUUCUCGAAGAGGUUCAGAUCUGCUGCCAUGUUGGCUGUCUUCGCCUUGUCAGCUGUAGUGCAUGAAUACGCCCUCGCUGUCUGCUUGAGCUAUUUCUACCCGGUGCUCUUCGUACUCUUCAUGUUCUUUGGAAUGGCUUUUAACUUUAUUGUCAAUGACAGCCGGAAAAGGCCAAUCUGGAACAUUAUGGUAUGGGCUUCUCUCUUCCUGGGCCAUGGAGUCAUUCUGUGCUUUUAUUCUCAAGAAUGGUAUGCCCGCCAGCACUGUCCUCUGAAAAAUCCCACCUUUCUGGAUUAUGUCCGGCCACGUUCCUGGACUUGUCAGUACGUGUUUUAGAAGCCUGGGCUCUGCCUCCUUUCUUGCCUCUGAGGAAUGGACACUUCCUGAUUCCGGCCAGCCAUCUUCAGCAGUUCCUGAAUAUAUCUACACCACAUUGUUUGGACCAUUCCUGCCUUUCCAGAUGGCUCACCUGAAGCUGGGCUCGGUUCACUAAGUUAUUAUUUUUGGUUUGUUUCCUUUGGGGGAGAAAGGAUACCAAUGGCUGAGGUAAUGGCUGAUUUUUGGGGGGUUAUCUCAGCUCAAGCCUUGGUGGUUUUAUCUGUUUGUUUCCUUAGUUCUGUCCAAGGAGAGACUAAGCAUAUCUUGACCAUGAAUUAGCCAAAACAUUUAGGAAGAAAUCAUUUCAGUACCUGUGUCUUAGAAGUUUUUUGUGCACACUCUUAGGAGGUGAGCUGGCUAACUGUGCAACUGGGGAGAAAUAUUUUGUCAUUUCUAGUAGAAAGAGAGAAAAUACCUACUUUCCAAAGAUAAUCUUGUGCUUUCUGCUCACACCUUUUGUUGCUAUUCGGUUUUGCUUUGCUUCUGUGCUGGGAAUGGAAUCAGGGCCUUGCCUAGUGGCAGCACACUGAGCCACACCCUCACCCAGUGUUGUAUUUUUUUCUGAAAGUUCUGGACUACUGUUUUUUCUUUUUUUAAAAUUUUCUGUAUGUUGUGAUUUUUUUAAAAAGAAUUAGCUUUCUUUUACCUUGAACUCAAUACCAGUACAAAUUCAAGGGUCAGAAGUAUGAAGGGGAAAAUACAUUCCCUUUUGAAACUUCAAAGGUCAUUUUAAAACAUAUUUGCUGAGCUGGUCAUAUGUUUAAAUUAUGCUAGCAGAAAUUCUGUAGAAGAUUUUAUUGUCACUGGUUUGGGUUUUUAGAUGCAGGGUCUUGCUAAGUAGCCCAGGCUGGACUUGAACUUGUUAUGUAGCCUGGCUAGCCUAGAACCCGACUGACCUCCUACCCAUGCCUCCCAAAUUUUUAUUUUCUUUUAGCUUUUAAGUUUGGUACAGUUGCUUUAUUGUCUAACAAGUAGUGACUUUCUUGUUAAAGACUCGAGUCCAUAAUGGAAGUGUUAAUCUCUCUAGUACUCCUAAGCGGCUACUAGGGAUCCAGAAGCUGGCUUCUGAAGCAUCCGCUCCGUCAUUAUACUUUUAACAGUAUAUUUUUAGAUGAAAUAAAAUACUAUGCAAUUAUUUGUAAGGACAUGUACUCAUUCUGUGACAUUUCCAAGUUCUGAGGUGGGAGUACUCGCUGUGCUUGUGCACCGGUAAGACUGUGUGUGAGGAUUGUGCAUAGUUCAGCCUCCUGCCCAAAGAAAUGAGCCUUACAAGUUGCUAGCACAGGUACUGUUCCAUGGCACAGCCAUCUGAGAGACUGCCUGUACAGUCUUUCGAAAUCUUUUCAGAGUGGUUUUAAAAAAUCAUUCUGACUCUCACAAGAAGGUAAUGUUCCUUAAUAAUCACUCUUAAUUUGGACCAAGUGUCUCCAGGUUUAUCACCUGCUUUAUUCACCACAUGUCUAGAUGCAUUGAAGCUGCCUCUGAAUGUUCCCAAACAAUAGUGUCCUGUACUGUCACAGAACCGCAACCACCUGCUGUGAAUAGAGCCUAUUAAGUCCUGGCAUGUGUCCUACAGACUAAAGCCAUCCAGCCACUUGGUUUUCAUUUGUUUGUUUGUUUUAGUUUGGUUUGGUUUUGGUUUUUUGAGACAGGGUUUCUGUGUAUAGCCUUGGCUGUCCUGGAAUUUGCUCUGUAGACCAGGCUGGCCUCAAACUCACAGAGAUUAGCUUGCCUCUGCCUCCCCAAGUGCUGGGAUUUAAAGGUGUGCGCCAACAUUGUGCAGCUAAACUAAAUCACUUUUAUGUAAUUGCAUUUUGAACAUAAUGAGGGAGCAGAAUAGUCUGAAACUUAGUCAUAUUCUGAAGCAAGGGGACAGGAUUUUAGGGUGCCCCUUUCUGUGAAGUCCUAUGUAUGCAUUUUCAGAAAAGGGUGUCACUCUGUAGCGGUUCUCAAUGUUGCAUUUGUUGCACGGAUCAAAGUUGCUCUUCCCCCUCACCCAUCUGUUUUGAGACAAGCUCUUUCUCUGCUGCCCAAGCUGGCGUGGACCUCACAUCCUCCUGCCUCAGCCUUCUCAGGUGCCAGAGCUUACAAACCUAUGCUGCCACACCCAACAAGGCCUUUCAAUAGGGAUUGGUUUCCUCCCGAUAUUCUAGGUGGUAGCCAUGUGUAGGACUGCGAACCACUUAGAAUUAUAAGAGUGUCUUAAACAUCACACGUAUAGUCCCCUUAAGGAGGCAGGUUCUUCUGUGAAAAAAGACUGGCUACCACAUUGCUGGUUGCCUAGCAGGAGUCUUUCCUAAAAACUGCUGUCUGAACUCUUUAAAAACACAAUAAAACCAUGUAUUGUUA